GAUGACGAACAUAUAACGUCACGCGGGGACGAAUCGCUACUAGGGACAAGGCUCAACUGUGACCCAAGGUGACUGGAGAGAAUGGGAGCCCACCUUGCCCGGAGAUACUGGGGGGAACCGGAGCCGGACCCCUAUAAUAUGUCGGCUAGCCCAGAGCCGGGGGUCCUACCAGAGAGAGUUAUGGUGGCAUCUCAGGAGCAAAUGAACCUGGCACAGGUGCCGCUGCAGCAGAGGGAUUAUUGUGCCCACCAUCUUAUCACGCUGAUGAAAUGCAAAAGGGAUAUGUGGCCCAAUUUCCUGGCCUGCAAACAUGAGCGCCAUGAGUGGGACCAGUGCCAGCAUGAAGAUUAUGUUCAGCGCAUGAAGCAAUAUGAGCGUGAGAGGAGACUCAUGGUGCGACAGAGAAAAGCAGAACAAGUGGAGGCAGCAUAAAUCUGCUCUCUCUUCUUUCUAAUCAUCAAGUAUUUGAGCCUUUAACUUAAAGAAAUAAAGUUUGUUUCUGAGGAUCAUAAAAUCCUGCAAGCUUGCAUAUUCUUCUGUACUAAGCACAAUUCAGCAGGAAGAGCACCUAAUUCUGCUCACAGCUCCUACAAAGAGUUUCAAAAUGUCAGUGUGAGUUUUAGCGUAUCCAUAGUAAAACCACCACCAAAAUACACAGUAUAUGCAAUAUGUAACUUCUAUGAACCUAACAUAUAAUUGGUGCAUUUUAAUGUUAAUGCGUGACACUGUGGUCCCGUCUAAAUGUAGCCCUUUUAUUGUUUAUUCCAAAAUGCACUAGUAAAUUGCACUUCUCAGCUCAUAAUAUCACACAGGUAGAAGCAGAAAUAUAAAUCUGAAUGUCACAUGGCUUGUGAGUACAUUGAUAUCACAUAUACAUCCCAUUCCCGCAGCUAUGUUGUAAGUAGAGACUUGGAAAUAUGAAAAGUGCCUUCUUAUAUAAAACAAGCUAUAAAUCUCUUGAUAAACACAGUUGUUUGUGUCAUCUCUGUAUGUGCAAUGUGUACUGUAACCUAUUGUACAGAGCUGCAAAAUAUGUUGGCACUUCAUAACUACAUAUUAAUAAUAAAACAAGACAAAA